AUGCUAUCCGCGGUCGCAUCUCUCGCCCACCGGGCCCCGCCGCCCGGACUAGCUUGUGCCGGGGCCUCCGCCUCGAAGCCGCGCCGGUUGUCGCACCCUGACGAGGACCGGUCGUCGAGCGUCGAGCCAGCUUGCAUACGCCGACCACCCUCGGCCAAGAGCGGCAGCGCGCGCCCCCACUACCAGUGGUAUCAGCAAGGAACAGGGCCGGUAUCUGAGGCGCCAGAGUACACACCUGUGCCGCAAUGGGGUUGGACUGUCCCUCUGGCAGUCACUCUGACGGCGGGCUUGCUCCUCGCACCAUCAGUCCAGACCCUGAGACGAGGCUUCGCAGGCGUCGACAACGAGAUACCGGACGUCGCCAACAGGACGUUACCUCCCGACGUGGAACCACUCCAGAGCAAGCUGGGAUUCGCUUGCUUCUACCCAAACGAUCCUCCGGUGGCCGGUCCAAGCGCGUACCAUGGCAACCGUCCACUGGGCGCCCGUUCCGUGGUUCCUCACGGGGGUCUGGUACGCUUCCACUGUUCGGUGCAGCAGUACUACCAGCUGGUCGGUCCAGAGGCGGUGCUCUGCGUCGACGGCGCCUUCAACGAGACGCUGCCCACGUGCGAGAGGGCCUUUCUCGAGCGACGGCUGGUGACCAGCGUGAAAGCCGACUACGUGCUGGGACCCGGCGGCCUGUACGUGGUGCCGCCUGACGCACCCGUCGAGAUCACGUGUCGCCGCACCAUGGGCGGAGGAGGCGGAAGACCCACCUGGCAGUGGGACGCCAACAUGGACGUAUUCGUCAAGGAGGGCACCUUCCUGACCACCCCUACGUCCACGAUUCGGAUGGACCCCGUGGACGGCAGCCGCGGACUGUUCAUCUGCUCGGACGGCGACGAUGAAGUGACGCUCACCCUUGAAGCACGAGGUGACCGAUGCCCUCGACCCCUGCUUGACCGGAACUUGCUCAUGCGAUCCAACUCGAUCCGAGCCGAGUUCGCGUGCAGUCGAGGCCUGUUGCUGGGACCGCUGAGUGUGCGCUGCCAGAGCUUUCGGCGUUGGGACCUGGAACCACCCACGUGUUUUGUGGCCGAGGGCUGCCCUUCGUCGGUGCAGGGUGGCCAACAGGGAUCCCGCUUUCCCUGCGUAGUGCCCGAGUUGCCGACAGCGGUCGAGGCGUUCGUCGACAACCGUCGCGUCGUGUCGGGCGACGCUGUCGCGCCGGGCGAGUCGAUACGCUUCCACUGCGAACCCGUGGGCAGCUUCAAACUUCUGGGCGAAGCCCAGUUGACUUGCGUCGACGGGCGCUGGAGCGAUAAGCCUCCGGUUUGCGCCGUCAGCAGCCCGCACACCCUGUCGGUGACGCUCAACUUCCCGCACGCCGUCGCUCCGGGCGGCGUUGUGCACGUGCUGCCCUACACAGAGGUCAACAUGGUGUGCACCAGCAACGACCCGGGACUGCCGCCCCAGUGGAGCAUGGAGGCCCAAGUCAACGCCACCGCCAUUGAAAACGCCGGCUACCGGCAAUCGACGAGCCACCUGCGGUUCACGGCGCCCCACGCGGGCCUCGAUGGGAGCUUCACCUGCCGAUCGCACCCGCACAGCGGAUGGGCCGAGACGCGCACCGUCCACAUGCGCGUCAAGGACCGCAUGUGUCCCGUGCUGACGCCUACGCGUGGCCUACGCAUGCGCGCCAACUUCGACAUGGCCGUGUUCGAGUGCGAUCCACCUGGACAGUUGGUGGGCUCCGCGCUGCUCCAGUGCCAGCCCUUUGGGAACUGGGACUACCCCGUACCCCAGUGUCUACGACCGGGACGAUUCGAGGACUGCCCUGUCCCCAGUCAGCGACCCCGAGGAGGCGUCAAAGAUCCAGGCGGCGUAGGUGGAGACGAGGAGGCGGCUGCUGGAGGCGGCAUCAGUGGAGUUACCUGGCCCGAAGCAGGCGAAGUGGGCGAACCACCGGCCACGCCAGAGGACAGCCCGCCACUGCUCGGACAACGGAACGCCGCGCUCGUGUCGCCUUACCUCUCGCGUCUUCACCAUGGGCAUCUGCGCCCGCUGUAGAACCCGCUCGCACAAACGCAUUUCCCAAUAAAGAAAAACAGUCCAUACACGUCACACCGUGAUAUUAUCUCGUC